ACAAAAUCUCUUAACACAUACAAACAAUAAUCCUUCCCUGUCCUCUGGCCUUCUGCAAAUAAAUGCUUUACAGAACCUGCUGUAAAGGAUCAUCUCCCGGGGAGCUGCCUAGCAGGGGCAGCAUGUCCCCCAGCAAGCCCUUCAUCUUUGCAAUCAGCAUUUUAGAAAUAAGUCUCCUUGCUUCACUGCCCACAUCCAGUUUUUGCCAAGAGCCAAUACAAGGAAAUGGCUCUCCAUUGCCCAUAGACUGCAGAAUGAGCCCUUGGAGUGGAUGGUCACAGUGUGAUCCUUGCCUCAGACAAAGGUUUCGCUCAAGGACCAUCGAAGUCUUUGGACAAUUUAAUGGGAAAAGUUGCCUGGAUGCUCUGGGAGAUAGACAGCAGUGUGUGCCCACCCAGCCUUGUGAGGAGGUCAGGGACAACUGUGGAAACGACUUUGAGUGCAAUACAGGCAGAUGCAUAAAGAGGCGACUUUUGUGCAAUGGCGACAAUGACUGCGGAGACUUUUCAGAUGAGGAUCAUUGUGACAGUGAUCCCCGUCCGCCUUGCCGUGACCGAGUGGUGGAAGAGUCUGAGCUGGCACGAACGGCUGGCUAUGGAAUCAACAUUUUAGGGAUGGAUCCCUUAACCACACCUUUCGACAACGAGUUCUACAAUGGACUCUGCGACAGGGUUCGGGAUGGAAACACUUUGACGUACUACCGAAGACCCUGGAAUGUGGCUUCUUUGGCCUAUGAAACCAAAGUUGAUAAAAAUUUGAGAACCGAAAAUUUUGAAGAAGAGAUUCAAGUAUUCGAAAGCUUUCUCCGACAGAAGACAUCAAGUUUCAAUACAGAUAUCUCGCUGAAAUUUACACUCACUGAAGCAAUUAAAAAUACUGCAGUUGAGGAAACCUCUCAGGAAACAAACUCUUCAAAUCGCAAAAAUACCAGGAAUAGUUUUCAAUUUUCAUAUUUGAAAACUGAAGCUUAUCAGAAAUUGUUGUCAUACUCUUCAAAGAAGGAAAAAAUGUUUCUGCGUGUGAAAGGAGUGAUUGAUCUGGGUCGAUUUCUGAUGAGAAAUCGAAAUAUCAUGCUGACAACAACUUUCCUAGAUGACAUAAAAGCUCUGCCAACUACCUAUGAGAAGGGAGAAUAUUUUGGAUUUUUGGAAACCUAUGGAACCCACUACAGCAGCUCUGGGUCUCUAGGAGGACUCUAUGAGGUCAUAUAUGUUUUGAAUAAAGCUUCCAUGAAGGAGAAAGAUGUUGAACUAGAAGACAUAAAGAGAUGCCUCGGGUAUAAUCUGGAUUUCUCUCUACAUACCCCUGGGACUUCCGAAGGACUCGAAGUCUCGGCAAAAAUUAAUAAAACUGAUUGUUUAAAGAACCAUCAUGGUAAAACUGUAAACAUCACCAGCGACAACCUUAUAGAUGAUGUUAUUUCUUUCAUAAGAGGAGGAACAAGGAAAGCUGCAUUUGAACUGAAACAAAAGCUUCUCAAAGGAGCCAAAACCAUCGAUGUGACUGACUUUGAAAACUGGGCCUCUUCCCUGAGUGAUGCUCCGGUGCUCAUUAGUCAAAAGUUGUCACCUAUAUACAAUCUGAUUCCUGUGCAAAUAAAAGAUGCACAUGUAAAGAAACAGAAUUUGGAGAGAGCCAUUGAAGACUACAUCAAUGAAUUCAGUGUAAAAAAAUGCCACCCAUGCCAAAAUGGAGGAACCAAGAUUCUGCUGGACGGACAGUGCCUGUGUUCCUGUCCCCUCACAUUUAAGGGACUUGCCUGUGAAAUCAACAAACAAAAAACAUUUUAGGGAUUGACAGCCCCUCUCCCAUCUAAACAAUAGAGCUGUUGGCUUCCCUGGGCUCACAUGGAAGAAAAAACACCAGGACUUUCCAAUUUAAGAUGGUACCCAUGGAGAUAAUCCUUGCUGCUAAGUAAAAAGCCACAGGCUUCAUGAAAAUCCUAUCAACCUCUGUCGUCUCUUCUGUCUUAGGUCUACGAUGCCUUUGCCUCCCUCUUAAACCCCUCUAAUGUUUCCAUUUUGUAUUCCCUAAUGAAAAAUCAGCAGUGAAAUAUGCCAACACUGCUUUUUCCCACAGGCAAUGCGAAUCUCUAGCUAAUAAAACAAAAUUAAAUUGAAAACAGAA